AUGGCUCUCUAUACAAAGGUCAAUAUCAUAAGUCAAAAAGGAAAGAUAAUGAAUAAUACAGAUGGAAAUUUGGGUUUAGAAGAUACAAUGCCCUCACUUUUCGAGAAUGAUAUAAAUAAAUUACGACGAAAAAAGACAACUUGGCCAAAGAUUGUACUGCACCAGGGCUAUCAUCUUAGUUUUCAUACACAGACACAUGCAUACACAUACACACACACACACACACAUACACACACACACGCACACACACAACGCAUACACAACGUUGUGAGACAUGCAAUUACUCGUCAUUCACAUUGA